AUGGCGGUGGUACCGAUCUAUUAUGGAUCAUUCGCCUCGGUAAAGUGGCCUAAGAAAAAAACCUCUAAACAAAUCCCUGACACUGAUUCUUCUUCAGAGGAUGAAUCAUCUUUCGAGUCUUUAUCAACUGAAGAUGCUUAUAUGUUUCCGGUUUUUGGCUCCAUUGUAUUAUUUUCACUUUAUCUAGUAUUUAAGUUACUAGAUAAAGAAUAUGUGAAUUAUCUUGUUACCGGGUAUUUUGCAUUUUUGGGGGUAAUUGCUUUGACGAACGCUGGUGUACAUAUUAUCAAAAACGGUAGUGGGCUUAAACUAGAUGCUUACAAGUUUGUCUUAACAAAGAAAUCUAAAGAGAUUUAUAAGGGCACUUUUACAGUUAUACAUCUCGUUACACUUUUCGUUUCACUUAUCCUUACCGCAUAUUACGUAGCGACCAAAAAUUGGAUCGCUUCUAAUAUCUUUGGACUUGCUUUUGCAUUUAAUGCAAUUCAAAUGUUAUCUAUCGAUUCAUUUAAGACUGGCAUGAUUCUUUUAAGCGGAUUAUUUUUCUAUGAUAUUUUUUGGGUAUUUGGUACAGAGGUAAUGGUCACCGUUGCCAAAAGCUUUGAUGCGCCUAUUAAAGUCGUCUGGCCGAAACAAUGGUUAGGAUUACUGCCCGAUGAGACUAUACAAUUUACGAUGUUGGGCUUGGGUGAUAUUGUUAUUCCUGGGAUUUAUGUUGCUCUUUGCCUUCGCUUUGAUCAUAGCCUUUACCUAAAAAAGAACCCCAAUGCUAAAAAAUUUUCUGCAUUUCCAACACCCUAUUUUAAUACUUGUUUUACAGCGUAUAUUUUGGGUCUUGUUACAACCAUAGUAAUUAUGCACACAUUUAAAGCUGCUCAACCAGCGUUACUUUAUCUUUCACCCGCAUGUAUAUUGUCUGUAUUAAUUACUGGUAUUGUGAAAAAUCAAUUAAAAGAAGUGUUUAAUUAUACAGCCGAAGACAGUGAUGAAGAAAAGAAAAAAAAAGAUAAUGUUAAGAAAAUGGUAUCAAGUGAUAGUGAAAGAGAUGAUGGACAAACUAAACAAAAAAAGGCUCAAGUAUCUGGUAAUAUAGAUGCUGUUGGAGCUUCGGGUGGUGCAUUAACAGAAGAAGAGGAAGAUUAUGUUGAGGUAUCACCAUCUUCAUUAUCUAGUGGUAAAAAGAAAAAGAAAAAGUCAUCUAAAAAGAAAACUGGUUAA